AGGAGAAGAUGGACUUUUUAGAGCGAGAAGCCCAAUGCUACAGAAACGUCCAGCAUCAUCCUCCCCAGCAAACCAGCUCAAGGAGAACUUGACAAUAGAUGCCAGGUUGCAGAGCUAAACUGACGGAGCCAACAAUGAUGGAUGUGAGGCGGGAGCCAACUGGUUUCUUAGGCUUCUCUCGCUGUCGCGCAAUAUUGAGACUUAACAUUGAAGGACAAAAAAAACUUGAAUCCCCACAGACUUUGGCGAUGAGUGCGGAAGUACAACCAAUAGGUGCAAUUUGGAACAGCGCGACAUUGGACAUGGAUUAACUACCUUGAUUGUCCACGCCCAGAAGGGAGUGACGAAUGGAGUCCAACUCCAAUUUUAAUUUGGUUUCCUGGUACCGUUCUUUCCUCGAAUGGCAAUAUUGAGGCUCGGGGUUUCUUGCACGAUUUAGGCAGGAUUGUACGUGUGGACUGACUAGAAUUUAGGUUGGGCUAUGAGAAGGAGCAAUUGCGAACGGACAGACGGAUUAAGCUGGAGAUAUAUGAGGAACAGUAGGCGCAGUACGACCGUAACACAGAAGCUUAUAGUUAGGUCAAGGUAGGUCUGGAUCUAAAACAGUCACAUUCAGACGAUGAAGUCUGCAAGGACACGAAAGGACAUCUCGUCACCUUUUCAUUUUGUUAAGUGACCCCUGUUUUACGGUACCUCUCCAAGUCUCGCAUCUUUCAACAUUGGCAGCAAUUAUACUCUGUAAACAUGAGUUCAUCAAGAUUUUCAAGGCUGACCUCGCUGAAUUGAACGGUGGAGUCCUUCAAAAGACCCGAAGGGAGCGGCCUCGACUGCUCGAACGCUCGUCUGGUGAUCUGCAAUGUUAUACGAAGGCGAAGGCUGAAGCAAAGAUGCGAGCAGGCGAUUCGUCAUAAAAGCUCAGCUCAGCGGCCAUGAAUAUGGAGAAAUUUUCUGCUGGGUUGCAGCAAGGGCUGUCCAGUAUUUUAGAACGGCGGAAGUCGAAAGAUUCAGGCCAGUCAUCAGAAGAACCGGCAUAUGAAUCUCUUCCGGAGAUUGGGGUCGAUUUUGAGGUUGAAGAAGAGCAGGUUAUGAAGGGAUUGGAGCUUUUGUACCAGGACAGGCUCAGUGAGGCUGAUGAAUAUUUUGAAACACUUAAAACUGGCCAUGCACGCUUCAGCUUGCACCACGCUGAGGUGGCAUCUUUCAUCGCCCUAAUGUCUUUUGAACCAGAAGAUAUCGAAUUCGCCACUACUCUUUUGACAGAAACUGUGUCGUUAGCCGAUCAGCAAGCCAAGAGAUGGCGAACGCACAGCAAUUUGAAGAAGGUGAACGAGGCAGUGGGCGCCAUGAAGACGUGGGCUUUGACCAGAGCGGCCACGGCUUUAAAAAGGGCCGGGCCAGUGGGCGCUCAAGCAUCAGCCAAGCUGAUGCCCGUCGAAAGUCCCAGUCUUCCAGCCGACGAUGACGACGACGAGGGCAGUAGCAGUAAACCAUCCAAUCGAGAAGAAGCGACGUAUAACCACCGUGCACGUCGAAUGCGCCUUUGGGCGCUGUUAAUUCAAGGCGAGUGUCACCUUAUGACUUCCCUUUUGCAGGUCGUGGCGGCGGGAGAAAGCUGGACAUCUAUGGUUAAAGUGGGGUUUAACGCGAAGCGAUGCUGGAGCAUUUAUCAGCACUGUCAAAAGAAACUGGAUCAGUUGCAGAAGGAGUGGGUGAGCUUGGGUGGUACACUGACAGGAACUGGUCCCAUGGCACCUGGUGUCCAAGCGGACUCUGAUAGCGACGAGGACCCGAACGGACCUGAACUCAAUUUCGACCCGGCCAAUGCAGCCAGGGCUAUGGCGUUGGCUGCAGCGGGUCCAUCACGUUCUUCGAGGAGGUCUCAGAACUACGACCCCGAACUGUCAGCGCCAGAAGGCGAAAUGAUCUAUCAAGGAGUCAGAGCCGCUGCUGGCAACCUGGAGAGAUUAGAGGGAGGAAUCAAAGAGGACCAAGAGUUAGCGUCGCUGAGAAUCGGCAUUCAAUUCGGGAUCGGGGCGUUCAAUCUGAUGAUAUCGCUCAUACCCACAAAUUAUCAGAAGGCCAUCGAGUUGAUGGCGGUUCCUGGAGACAGAAACCAGGGGCUUUCACUUCUUCGGAAGGUGUCGGGCUUGCACCACAGUCGAGCCCCUCUGGCGGCAAUCGUGCUGCUCAACUAUUUUACGGUGCUGAUGGGACUGCUACCAUACACUCAAGAGCACGCGAUGGGAGGCAGGAACGUUCUGCAGAUGCUCCCCAUAGCCUGGAAAGAAAGCUCCGUGUUUCGGGUGAUGCAGGCGCGUCUCGCCAGCUACGAAACGCAGUUGGAGGAGGCGACUGCCAUGAUCGUGAAGUGCCUGAGGAAUCCCGUCAAGUCCAAAGGCAGCGAGGGAAUUCCCAUGCAGCGCCUGGCCAACUUGAUCUUGGACGAGCACGGCUGGUACCUGCUCCUGCAGGGCGACUUCACCGGCGCCUACGAGAACUUCAGCUCCCUGUACAAGGAUACCGUCUGGCUGAAGCCUCUUUACGCUUGCUUGAUGGCCGCGUGCUGCUGGGAGGCCGACGACAAGUUUCACAACGAGGCGGCCAAGUUGAUGCGCGACCUGCCGGGCAUGAUCUCGGGCAAGAAGACCAAUCCCACUCCGAUGGAGAAUUUUGCUCUUCGUCUGGCAAACGAUUUCAUUACUAAUGGCCAGGCACCUCUCUUCCCAGCGAUGGAGAUCAUCGCCGUUUACAAUGGGUUUCAGCAUAUGGACAAAGCUACUCUCAAACGUCAUCUUGAUCGCAUCGGUGACGCUCUGAUGACUCGCAGCCCCAGGAGAGCGUCCGACUACCAGAACGUUUUCUCGAAGGAGGAGCCGCAUCAGCCCGGAGGUAGUGAGCAAAGUGGAGGUCCUCCUUCCUACGCCGACGUCAUGAAGAAGGAUGUUCCAGGCGAGGCUGUGGCGGGCCAGCGUAAUAUACCAUUCCAAAGCAGGUCCAAGUCCUCGUCUCCGAAAUCAGAAGACGACGACGAUUCGUCGAGCAGUGGCUCCAAGUUCCACCACACUUGGGCCAAGGGAAGUAAAGUUCUUUGCAGGUACUUACUGGCUCUUUGUCAACGGAGUCUCGGAGACCUUAAACAAGCAGAAGCCAACUUCCGCUACGUCGUCAGUCAGACCGAUGUUGUUCCGGGGAACGUAGUGCCUUACGCGUGCUUCGAAUGGGGUUCGAUGCUUUUGAGCAGCGAGUCCACUUCGCCGGAGGGAUUGAAUUUACUAGAAAAAAGCAUCGAUUUUCCUUCACACGAGUUUCAGACACGCCUGAAAUUUGUUGUCAGCGAGAGGUUGAGAAUGUUUCGCAGGGCAUGCGAAAACGAUCUCAGUUCUAAAGCCAGUACCACGUCUGCUUUGAACCUUCGACGUGUCUCAGAACUGUUGAGAACUGUCCAAAUCCAGCCGAAAUAAAUCUUCUUCUAUUUCGGCUAGACGAACAUCCUAGUCGUGGUAGGAUCUGCUUGGGUCCUACUGUUUCCAGCCUUAAUUUUGUAUAUACAUUCAUCUCACUAAUCCCUCAGACGGAAACGGAAACCUCCGGGAACUGUGUACUCUCAGGAAUAAGAUUGAUUACACAAUCAUCUUAAACCUCCUGUAAUGUCAAAAUUGGUAUUAUUGGCGA